GACGGUUGCCCGGCAACGGCGACGCGUUGGCAAUGGAGCCGGCCGCGCUGCCCACCGCGCUGCAGCUGGCGGCCAGCGGGGACACGGGGCUGAGCCUGGAGAAGCGGGCGGCGCUGGGGGCUUCGCUGCUGCUCCUGCAGCGCGACUAUCGCUUCGAGAGGGUCUGGUUCUGGGGCUGCAUCCAGGGCGUGCGCGGUACCUACUACAUCGCGCAGGGGCUGGGCCCCGACCUCGCUGCGCCUCGCAGCCGCCUCUACAGCUUGAACUGCGUGGAGUGGAGCCUCCUGCCGCCGGCGACCGUGGAGAUGGUGGAACAGGCCGCGCUGCUGAAGGGCCUCUUCCAGGGAGACCCGUCUUUUGAGUACGAGUAUGCCGAGGUAAACGCAGAAGAUGACGAAAGAUUUCUGGAGGAUGGUAAGGAGCUCACAAUCAAGGAGGAGAACCGCCUUGUAGCUACAAUAGAACAGAUAGACAGAGCAGUUGGUAUCAUCCCUCGACGUGCAUUUAUGAAGACUCCUCUUGGGUCUGUGCAUGAAAACAGAAACUUUGAAGGUCUUUCUUUGACGGAGGCAAAAAAAUUAAGUUCCUAUUUCCAUUUUACUGAGCCUGUUAACUUGAAGAAUAAAACCCUGCUGGAAAAAGCUGACCUGGAUCCAUCCACUGACUUUCUGGACUCUCUGGAGCAUGAUGUCCCACAAGGCUCCUGGACCGUCCAGUUUGAGAAGGGAGGCACUGUGGUUGUGUUGAGAAGUCUGCUGUGGCUUGGACUGACAUUCUACCAUGUCCCAAUGACUAAGCAAUAUGGCUACAUCUACUGUGGCACUGGAUGGAAAAUUAAGCACAUCUGUCAACCCAAAACUAUCCUGGGAAGGACCCUCAUCACUGACAUGGAAAACAUGAAAAUAUAUCUGCAAGGAGAAAAAGCAAGUCCGGUUGUCAAGAACAUCAACGUUCUGUAUUUGCUUGAUCCAGGAAGGAUGCACAAGCUAGGAAUACUGAAGUGGAUGUGGAAGAAAUGCACGUGCCUGCCUACCACUGCCAUGCAUUUUCUGCUGCAAAUUACAGAUAGUACAGAUUUUAAAAAUAUUUCAUUUUGGUAG